CCGAGCUGUUCAAUUCGUUUCGAUUGCCUAAAAAUCGCCGAUAAUUUUUUAUGGUUCCGGUGUGCGCAUGCUCCCCCGCGAUAAGCCAUGUGAUGCGAGUGCAAUUUUUUUCAUUAGCGAGUCCUGCUCCGUUAAGCAACCUGCACUAAUCAACGAGCUUCGAUAUUUUUUAAGUAAUAUUUAAAGAAAGCUGCCUGGUCGUUACACAACCCGUGAACCUUCGGAAAAUUGACCCGCUUGGUAAAACGUUAACAUUGAUACAUUCGAGACCGCUUGCACAAUUAUGACUUUUAUUACAAUGAUUACUCUCCGGUUAUCAGCAAUAAAUAAUGAACGGUGCCGAUGUGACAGAGAACGGAAUCAUAGAGAAUAUUAAGAUCCGUUCCAAAGAUAAACCGAUCGACGUCAGCGAUAGUCAAAACGAUAGAAACAGCUGGAAUCCGGACCGGUAUGACAUAGGCAUCAAGAUGCUCAAGGACAGGAGAGAGAAGAUCACAAGUGGCGGAAAGUACACGGACAGGUACAAAGACACUUUCACCCACGAAGUGCCCAAGGAGGAAAAGUUCCCAUUAAGUGCGAAGUGUCGCGAUACUCUCGAACAAUACCGGAAAGUGUCGAAAGGCGAGAGGCUGGACGUCUCGCCGGUCGUCGCUACCAAACACCACCAUCCAACAUUGACGACCGAGAAGAUGAAGCUAACCAAUUCCUCCAAGAGCAACGCCACCAACGACCUUAACAAACAAGAGAACGCCCUGAUAGGGUACAAAUUGGUGCCGGACAACAUUCACAAAUCCCCCCUGCGCGCUACUUCCCCAGUAAGCACCCCCAAGACGCCGAAAUGGCCCAGGAAGCACAAGGACGUCAACAUAUACAGCAUCAACCCCACUGACGCAACCCCCACCGCGGUCACCCCACCCGGUUUCCCACCUAAACAGCAAGGCGUCGGGCUCAACCUCAUCCUGAACGGUCCGAGUAGUCCCGAGAGCACCAUGUCUCAUCUGCAGAACGUCGAAAGCAUCAUAACCAGGUUGAACGAGAAGGAAAAGAAGGAGGAGAACUUGAGGAAGUUCGAGGAGCUGCUGAAGAAAGUGAACACGAAGGAAGCCAAACCAGCGGCUCCUCUACCUCCGGAAAAGUCCAAGGAGGAGACGAACGGUCAGAGACAGUCUCAGGAAGCCGUUUCGAAACCGAUCGUCGCGCCUAAGACUCUGGAUAAGUCCCAGGACAUCCUGAAGUCUCAAGAGCACAUAUUGAGUCCCAUAAAACAUUCGAGCGAGGUCGAGGACCUGCAGGAGAGGGUGUUGCGCGAUGCGGAAGGGGAACACCAGGAGCCCUUCAAGAGGCACGUCAAGGAGAGGAAGAGUAUGGACAACGCUCAUUCUAAGGAGACUAAGACGAAUAAGAACGUGCAGCUCAACAGAACCGCUUCUGAUGCUCAGGAGAAGGCGGCGAAACGGCCAUCGAGGACCGCUCGAGAACGUACACGUAAAACCAAUGACAGUACAGUGGAAUCGACACGAAGCAGCUCGGCAUCGACGAGAAACAGGCCGCGGCUGGGAGAGGAACCCACAAUUGGCAAAUAUAAAUUACUUAAGACCAUCGGCAAGGGUAACUUUGCCAAGGUCAAGCUGGCGAAGCAUGUGCCCACCGGCAAGGAGGUGGCCAUCAAGAUCAUCGAUAAGACCCAGCUCACUCCUGGUUCGCUGCAGAAAUUAUUUAGAGAAGUAAGGAUUAUGAAAAUGUUAGACCAUCCAAAUAUAGUGAAAUUAUUUCAAGUUAUCGAAACUGAAAAAACUUUGUACCUGGUAAUGGAGUAUGCUUCUGGCGGCGAAGUAUUUGACUACCUCGUGCUUCACGGUAGGAUGAAGGAGAAGGAGGCGCGAUCGAAGUUUAGGCAAAUUGUCUCUGCAGUACAGUACUGCCAUCAAAAAAGAAUAAUUCACAGAGAUUUAAAGGCUGAAAACUUAUUGUUGGAUAGUGAAAUGAAUAUUAAAAUCGCAGACUUCGGAUUUUCAAAUGAAUUCACUCCUGGUAACAAAUUAGAUACAUUCUGUGGUAGUCCACCAUAUGCUGCACCUGAGCUUUUCCAAGGUAAAAAGUAUGAUGGACCUGAAGUAGACGUAUGGUCGUUAGGCGUAAUUUUAUAUACCCUCGUCUCGGGCAGCCUGCCCUUCGACGGCUCGACGUUGCGGGAGCUGAGGGAGCGAGUGCUGCGCGGCAAGUACAGGAUCCCGUUCUACAUGAGCACCGACUGCGAGAACCUACUCAAGAAGUUCCUCGUCCUUAACCCGGCGAAGCGAGCCAGCCUGGAGACCAUCAUGAAGGACAAAUGGAUGAACCAGGGGUAUGUGGGAUACGAAAAUGACGAGUUGAAACCUUACGUGGAACCGGAGCAAGACAUGAGCGACCCGAAAAGGAUAGAGGCUCUAGUUUGCCUGGGUUUUAAUCGGUACGAUGUGGAAAACUCGCUGGAUUCACAAAAAUACGAUGACGCUUUCGCCACAUACCUCUUGCUAGGAAGGAAAAGCACGGAUCCGGAGAGCGACGGCAGUCGCAGCGGCAGCAGCCUAUCACUCAGAAACAUGACGGGACAGCAGCAGGCGGCGCCCCAGCCCACCGCCCAGAGCCCCUCGCAUCGAGGCGUCCACCGUUCGAUAUCCGCGACGCACGCCAAGCCUAACCGGAGGGCCUCGAGUGGAGGUGGCACAAUAGGUGAGACUUUAAGGACGGGACCCCAGCCGCAGGUACCUGCCACUCAAACUAAUAAUCACCAGUCGGGCUUCAAGAGACAGAAUACCGUCGACAGCGCCACCAUCAAGGAGAACAGCGCUAGACUUAACGCCAGACCUGCCAGUGCUCAACCAAAGACGACCACGGAAAACAGUAUACAAGCUCCGGCUAAAGCUCGAACUGUAACUAAGAACACCCCGUUAUCUUUAGGAACAACUGUUGGUCGUCGAUCGACGAUUAGUUACGAUGGAAAAUCCGAUAGUACGGAAAAAACUAACUUGGCCGUAGACUUACCAGGACCUGAGGCGAUUGGUACCGGAGACUCUUUAAGGCCUGGAAAGGGUCACGUCAAAUCCGCCUCGGUCAGUAGUAGUGGCCCAGAACCUACUACUGACCCCUUACGUACUAGUCGCACAAGCGCAUCCCCCGCCGCCACCAGGCAGCAGCAGGCCUUCCCCAGGAACACCUCGUCGAGGAGCACCUUCCACUCGGGCCAGACCAGACAGAGGGCCGCCUACGCUCAGGGCUCCCCCGGUGACUCGCCGCACACAAGGCCCUCGUUUUUCGCCAAGUUCAGUCUCAAGGGCUUUACGAAAAGUGAUAUACGCCAUCUUGAAUCCAACCAAACCAGUCACCGUAAUAACAGAGUUUUAGCUUUAGAACCUGGUCAGCAAGUUAAACAUGGCACCUCACCGAUACCUGCAGUGGGGGUGCAGGGUGCACCGAACGAAGAGCACGUCAAGCCGCGUUCGCUUAGGUUCACGUGGUCGAUGAAGACGACCUCCAGUAGGGAUCCGGCGGAGAUAAUGGCGGAGAUCCGUAAAGUGUUGGACGCUAACAAUUGUGACUACGAGCAGAGGGAGAGAUUCCUUCUGCUGUGUGUCCACGGCGAUCCCAACACGGACAGUCUGGUGCAGUGGGAGAUCGAGGUGUGCAAGCUGCCGCGGCUGUCCCUCAAUGGUGUACGGUUCAAGAGAAUUUCAGGUACUAGUAUUGGAUUUAAAAAUAUUGCUAGCAAGAUAGCAAACGAACUGAAGCUGUGACUGCUUGUAAAAGAGCCGGAAUUAUCCAGCGAACCAACAUAAGAAAAGGAAACGAGCCGUGUAGCGAUUUCCAACUCCAUGAUUUUUUAGUAUUCCGAAGCAGCCCUCACUUAAGUUCAGGGUAACCGUCGACCAGCCGACGCGCAAGAUAGUGGCCGCGCUAAUGUCAUUGCGUAUUAAAACACCAAUUUCUGUCUCUUACACCAGUUUUCGAAUAUCGCUCUACAAAUUUAGUUAUUAAGAAUAAUACAGACUCUGCUUGUGAUAUGUGGAAUUGAAGAAAAAGAGUAUGAAAUCCCUACACAGAUGUAUAUUGAUUAGAUCUCCUUUCUUUUAUUUUUUUUUCUAACGCAACUCUGUUAUCCUUUUUUUCCGUCGUGAAUUACUGACAUUAAGUGGUACUUUACUAGUGUUCUAAUUAUUUUAACAGUAAAAAGAAUAGGAAUAAAAAUGUAUUAUUUUGUUAUUA